AUAAGACAAAACAAAAGUUAACUGAAUUAAAACGAAACUUGGACACACUACAAUUAAACGAACAUUAAAUCAAAAUGUUCAUAAUUGAAUUGAACUAAAUUCCUAUUAUAUCAGCCAGAUUACGCGGUGUGACUUAUCAAAACGAAUCUCAAGAGCGACACUUUUGCCACGUUAAGCGUAACAUGUUUGUUUAUAAAGUGCUUAUGAUCAGCUUUCGAUUGUUCCUUUGCUCAGACCAGUUCUUGUUAGAUCGAGAUUCGCUUUUGAUGGCUGCCGAUAAAAAGGCUGAUCUAACCGGUGACACAUUUCAGUUGCGGAAGCUUUAGUCAACGGUUGAGAUGUCAUCAACGAAGUGCUGUUAUUAUUAUUAUUGUUAUUUGUAUCUGCUAUGGAUGUGGCUUAUGAUGGGGCUCAACAGCUGUGAGUCGACGGUGAAAAACGCAGCAGCCCCCAAACAAGUGUCAGUGUCUCGGCUCGAAUGUAAUGAAAAUCUGUGUGCCGAAUUGAACUAUCCACUCGACUCGCAAGUGGCAUAUUUUUCAAAUGAAAUCGGCAAAACACUGGGCAAUUAUACGUCGCUGGUGUUACAUAAUUCCCAGUUGACUCAUUUGCCGUUGAAUGUAUUCCAAACUCUCAAGCAAUUGGAAACUCUCGAUGUUUAUGGCUGCGAGGUACAACAUGUGGCGCGGGAAUGUUUUCGUUCAGCUGGCAAACUCAAGAAAUUACAUCUGGGUGGCAAUUUGAUAAGCAAACUCGAUGGCGACACAUUUGCACUGGCGACGCAGCUCGAGGAAUUGGAGUUGGCCGAUAAUGAGCUGCAGGAAUUGCCAGCGAAAUUAUUCUCUGGUCUGCGGCAACUGAGGAAAUUGUUGCUGCAAGGUAAUCGCUUGAAAGUGCUGCCAACGGAUGCAUUUGUGCAGUUGCAACACUUGCAACAUCUCAACGUCGACUACAAUCAAUUGACAAAGUUGCCGGCGGGUUUGUGUGGCAAACAAGAGGAGUUGCAGGACUUCUCGGCACAUGGCAAUCAACUGCAGCAAGUUGCAAGCGAUGCAUUCGCAACUGUGCAACGUCUCUGCCUCUCUGAUAAUCCCCAGCUCCACACUUUGCACCUUGCGGGCAAAGUGCGUCAGUUGCAGGCAAACAAUUGCAAUUUAAAGAGUCUCAAACUCAAUCAAGCUCAGCAGCUGGAGCAAUUGCAGUUGAGUAAUUCGAAGCUGCGCAACUUCGACUUUCUGCGCAGUGCACAAAAUCUGCUGGAACUGGAUUUGUCCGGGGUGGAGAAGUUGCCUGUGUUGCCGAAUCCCUGGCCAGCUAAGCUGGUGGAACGUUUGAGCAUUUCACGUGAUAAUCCCGGCGAUUGGCCCGAUAAAAUUAUAUCACAAAUGCCGCAGCUGAAGUAUCUGGAUGUUUUACGCAACGGGGAACGUGAGAUUUUUCUCAUUGAUGACGAUGAUGAUAACGUUGAGCAGUUGGAUAAUAACGAUUGGCUGUGUGAUAAGCAGACGGGAGAAUGUCCAACUGUCGAAGUGGGUGAAGCCGAUGAAUUGUUAUGGACUGGAGAUGGUUUCGAGACGAUAUCAUAGACAUGAUUUGACAAAUAAAUGUUGUUAAUAAUAUUAAAUGCGUUUAUAACUUAAUUCAUUUCAUGGUUGAUCAACGCUCUGAUAAGUACAGUUACUGUGAACGAUCUUCAAUCGUCGCUCAAUCGAUCGUUGCACAUUUUAUUAUUGGUGUCAUGAGAACGCAGAGAUCUUGUCAUUCAUCUCUCGAUCGUUUUGAUCGUUUGUUGUUCGUCGGCAAUC